GCGCGCCCGCUCUGCGGCUGGUGGAUGGAUGGAGGAGGAGGAGGAGGAGGCUGGGUUGUGAAAGUGGGAGAAACUGUUUCGUUCAAAAUCGCAGGAAAAGAAGAAAAUUAGGGAUUGCAGGCAUGACAGCCGAACUGCCUUGCGAGAGCGGGGGGACUGCAGACAACACGAAUCUGAAUAAUCAGGUCCUAAUAAAUCAACUACAGGAAAUCACUGGUACCCAGGAUGUGAAGAUACUGCAAACAGCACUUAAGGCUAGUCAUGGAGAUAUUAGGCAAGCGAUCGGAUUCCUCACUGGCCAGGACCCGGACGCAGAGGUCAUAGCGGUGGAGCCCUCUGAUAGUGAAGGGAGUGUUGUCGGCAGGGAGGGACAGACCAAGGUGAUCGACCUGACUGGUAAUGACAAGGAUGACCUUCAGACUGCCAUCGAGCUGAGUUUACAAGAGUCUCAAAGCGCCCAGGCAGAAGAGCAGGACCUGAGCAGGGCUCUGGAGGCCAGUGUUGCUGAUAACAAAUCUCGGGUGAAAAGGAAAAGGUGCGAGGCCUGGGGGGACAGCUCCAACCCCACCGACUGGAUCCGACGGGACGAAUGGCCAGUGGGGCUGAAGAAUGUGGGAAACACCUGCUGGUUCAGUGCUGUUAUACAGUCUUUGUUUCACCUUCCUGACUUCCGGAGGCUGGUCCUGCACUACAGUCUUCCCCAGAAUGUCCUGGAAAACUGCAAGAGCCACAGUGAGAAGAGGAACAUUGCCUUCAUGCAGGAGCUCCGUUGCCUGUUUGCACUCAUGGUGGGCUCCAAUCGCAAGUUUGUGGAUCCCUCUGCCGCUGUGGAGCUGCUGAAAGAUGCAUUCCGGUCCAGCGAAGCCCAGCAGCAGGAUGUAAGUGAGUUCACCCACAAGCUUCUUGAUUGGUUGGAAGAUGCCUUCCAGUUGGCAGCCAAUGGAAAUAACCCCAAAGAUAAGCAAGAGAACCCGAUGGUGCAGCUUUUUUACGGAACCUUCUUGGCUGAAAGAACCCUUGACGGUAAAACUGUCUCCAACAUCGAGCGCUUUGGACAGUACCCCCUACAGGUGAAUGGAUUCAACAACCUGGAUGAGUGCUUGGAAGGCGCCAUGGUGGAGGGGGAGAUCGAGGCUCUUCACUCGGAUCAAACCAUCCGCUCUGGCCAGCAGCGGUGGUUUUCAGAGUUGCCCCCGGUGUUGACCUUUGAACUGUCCAGAUUUGAGUUCAACCAGUCUCUUGGACGGCCAGAGAAGAUUCACAAAAAACUGGAGUUUCCGCAGGUGAUUUACAUGGACAGGUACCUUUACAAGAACAUGGAGAAGAUCCAGGACAAGAGAGCGGAGGUGAAGAAGCUGAAGGAACAGGUGACUGUUCUGCAGCAGAAGCUAGAGAGCUACCUCAAUUACGGCUCAGGGCCAAACAAAUACCCGUUGGCUGACAUGUUGCAAUACAUCCUGGAGUUUGCAACCACAAAGCCCACCAGUGUUUCUCCCACUCAGGAUAUUAAAGUGACCUCCCCAGCAUCCACUACCACUUUGAGCACACCCACAGAUCCUGUAAACGAACAGACAAGUCCUUCAGAAACAGAAAAUUCAGGGCCACCUGACAGUUCAAACUCUGCGCCCAUGUCGCCACCACCCCAGAGGACCCCUGUCUACAAGCCAUUCACGCAGUGCAGACCACCCAUGGACACCCCCCCUCACCCGGCCCCCCACAAAGUGUCCGAGGAGGAGCUGUGCUUCAUCAAAGGCUGCCUGCAUCGCUGGAGAACAGAGGUGGAGCAAAACAUACAAGAGCUGAAGGACAGCAUUGACCGAAUCAACCACACUUUAGACAACAUGUACUCGGAAGACAGCAUGUGCCAGGUGCCCUACCGCCUGCAUGCUGUCCUUGUCCAUGAAGGCCAGGCUUCAGCAGGCCAUUACUGGGCCUACAUCUGCGAUCACAGGUGCAAACUGUGGCUCAAGUACAAUGACAUCUCUGUCACAGAGUCCUGUUGGGAGGAGCUGGAGAGGGACUCCUAUGGGGGUGUGAAGAACGCCAGUGCCUACUGCCUCAUGUACAUUGAUGACAAGCUGCCUCGCCUCAUAGCAGAGGACAUGGAUAUGGAGACCGGGCAGGUCCUGGAGGGGAUGGACUCCCUGCCACCCAUCCUGAGACGCUACGUUCAGGAGGACAACCGCUGGUUCCAACAGGAAGUGGAGGAGUGGGAGGAGGAGCAGUUCCGCAAGGUUGCGCAGAAGGAGCCGUCUGUAGCCAUCACAGAAACAGAGGAAGUCUCCUUCACAACAGUGGCUGAAGAACCCGCCCCUAGCCAGCAGAACUCGCGGUCUCUGUCGUCGGAGCAUGCUGUUAUAGCCAAGCAGCAGACCGCCCAGGCCAUCGCCAAGACAGCUGACUGCUACGAGAAGAAGGGAGUGGAGGCUGCACUCGCAGAGUCCGAUGGAGAGCGUGAGGCUGUGGGCAGCACUGUGGAGUGUGAAGCCAGGGCUGACUCCAAGCCACAGGAUCAGCCCCCCGAGGAGGGUGAUAAGCAGGCUGAGAGCCAGGUCUCUGAGGUGGAGAUCCCCAGUGUGGGCAGGAUUCUGGUGCGCUCAGACGCAGACGGGUAUAAUGAGGAGAUGAUGUUAACUCCAGCCAUGCAGGGGGUCAUCCUGGCUAUAGCAAAGGCUAGGGAGGUCUAUGAUAAGGACGGGCCCGAGGCUGCUCUCAUAAAGGCGUUCCAUGAAGAAUACUCCCGGCUCUACUUGCUUGCCCAGGAGAGAGCCAGCCCCCAGAACGACCCCCGUCUCCAGCACGUCCUGGUGUACCUCAUCCAGAACGAAGCCCCCAACCGCGUCAUCGAGAGGACCCUGCUGGAGCAGUUUGCAGACCGGAACCUCAGCUACGAUGAACGGUCGAUCAGUAUAAUGAAGCAGGCUCGUGCGAAACUCCGUCUGAUUGGACCAGAGGACAUGGAUAUGGACAAGUACAGGCAGAAAUGGCAUGAGGACUACAGCCUGUUUCGCAAGGUUUUUGUGUAUCUUCUAACAGGGCUAGAGCAGUACCAGAAUGGAAAAGUUCGGGAAGCGCUGACCUACCUGGUAUAUGCCUUCCAGAGCAACAGCACGUUACUGAAGAAUGGGAAGAAUAGAGGCGUAGAGGAGUCACUUGUUGCACUUUAUAGGAGGAAAUGUUUAAUGGAGCUGAAUGAGAACGCAGCAGGCCUGUUUGACAGCGGAGAGGACGGUGAUGUGGUGGAGGGGAUGAGCAUCAUGAAUGACCUGGUCAUUCCCUGCAUGCACCUAAUGAUCAACAACGACAUCUGCCAAGAGGACCUGGACGCCAUUGAGAUCAUGAGGGACCGCUGGUGCUCCUACCUGGGCACUGACAUGGACGCCACUCUGCAGGAGAAGCUUGGGGAGUUUUUGCCCAGGUUGCUGGACUGUUCAGCAGAGAUCAUCAUUCUAAAAGAGCCACCGAAGAUCAGGCCAAACUCCCCCCACGACCUGUGCAGUCGCUUCGCCGCUGUGCUGGAGUCCAUUCAUGGCACAUCGCCAGUGACUGUCAAUUAAGACUUUAAUGGAAAAUAUGAAUCGGACUGGACUCUUGCAGCUUGGGAUAGUCAGUCAGCACUUGCGCACGGACUCCAAGGUAAAGGCACUCGAUCUGACAUGUACACGCUGCCCUGGAUUGCAUGCAAGUGUGUUUUUAAACUAUUUGUCUUUUUUUAAAGCCCCCUUUGUUAAUAUUGAAAUGAUCCAUUGUACAAUGUUCACGUGAACUGAAUAUUCGGAUGUCAUUUCACAUGAUAUUCUUGACGAAAGAGCUGUCAGACUGGCCCGUAUUUCAAAGACAAAGCUUGCAUUACGAAAUAGCAGUACUGCAUUUUUAAGUCAUUGCAAAUCAAAGGAGCCAGGAGAAUGUGAAAGGAAUAUACGACAUGUCAAGUGGGUGCCUAGUGUCGAGCCUGUGCGUGCCAAAUACAACGACAUUGCUUUCCUAUAAAGGACGAAUUACUUUAGCACACCCCCAAUGGGAUUGUAAGAAGUGUGCAUUCUGUAGUUUAGUGUUUCAGUCACUGCAUGGAAGUACAGCACCAUAUUCCCUGCUAUGCCCAAGUAGUGUUUGCAAACCUUAAAAAGAGCAUUAAAAAAGCCUAUUUCUUACUGACAUGUGCCUUGCUUACAUUGCCUCUUCGUGACCGAGCUGCUAGUGUCUCCUUUGUACGCUUGAAGUAUGUUCUGAUCCUUGUCAUAAUCACAGGCUUGCAGAUUUCAGUGCUGCUGCUUUUGGUUCCAUGCUCUCUAGCAGCUGCUGUGUAGGUCUAUCCUGUAGCCCUUGUCCGAUGCACUGGAUGACAGAAAACCACUUGGUAUUUUUAACACAAAUAAAACUUUGACAUUAUUCUUUGA